AUGCUUCUUAAUCUUCUUCCUCUUCACAUUGUCUUGCUAGUAGUACUCUCUUUCUUUGCUCCUUCCAUCACCACCACCACUCUCAACUCCGACGGACUCUCCUUGCUAGCCCUCAAAGCCGCCGUGGAAGACGACCCAAGCGGCGUCUUCACCUCAUGGUCCGACGCCGACUCCACCCCAUGCCGGUGGUCCGGCGUGGCCUGCACCGGCGACAGAGUCACCCAAUUAACACUCCGAAACAAAGGCCUCACCGGUUAUAUCCCAUCCGAACUGGGUUUUCUUACAUCACUGAAAAGACUAAGCCUUUCAUACAACAACUUCACCAACGUCAUUCCUUCACGUCUCUUCAACGCUACCACACUCAUUGUCCUCGACCUCUCACACAACUCACUCUCCGGCCCCAUCCCAACGGAACUUCGCUCCCUCAAAUCGCUCCGCCACUUGGAUUUGUCCUCAAAUUUCCUUGACGGCACGCUCCCCGAAGCGCUUUCCGAUCUCGCCGGCCUCGUCGGAACACUCAACCUCUCUUACAACCGCUUCUCCGGCGGGAUUCCGGCGUCUCUCGGGAACCUCCCAGUGAUCGUGAGUCUUGACCUACGUAACAACAACCUCACCGGAAAAAUCCCUCAGGUGGGGUCCAUUCUGAACCAGGGUCCCACCGCGUUCUCUGGAAACCCUGGCCUCUGUGGGUUUCCAUUGCAGAACGCGUGCCCUGAAGCUCAAAAGCCUGGUGUUUUCACAAGCACAGAAGAAGAGCCUCAGAACCCCAAAGCCCUUCACCUCGGUGGUGGUGGUGGUAACCAAGAGAAGGAAAAACAGCGCGGUGGCGGCUCCGUCGCGGUUCUCGUUAUCUCCGGGCUCUCCCUGGUGGUUGCGGCCGUUUCGCUUACCCUUUGGUUUUUCCGGCGAAGGUGGAACGGCGAGGAGGGCAAAUUGGGGAAUCGGAAAUUUGAGAACGAGGUUGAUGGAGUUGGAGGAGAAGGGGAAGGGCAACAGGGUAAAUUCGUUGUGUUUGAUGAAGGGUUUAGCUUGGAGUUGGAGGAUUUGCUGAGAGCAUCUGCGUAUGUUGUUGGGAAGAGCAGGAGUGGGAUCGUGUACAAGGUGGUCGGUGUUGGGAAAGGGUCGUCCGCGGCGGCGACGGUGGUGGCCGUUCGCCGGCUCAGCGAGGGUGAUGCCACGUGGCGGUUCAAGGAGUUCGAAUCUGAGGUGGAAGCCAUUGCGAGGGUUCGUCACCCCAAUGUUGUCCCCUUGAGAGCUUACUACUAUGCACAUGAUGAGAAACUGCUUAUCACUGAUUUCAUCCGCAAUGGAAGCUUGCACACUGCGUUACAUGGUGGGUCUUCCAAUUCAUUGCCACAAUUGUCUUGGGCAACGAGGUUAAAAAUUGCUCAAGAAACAGCCAGGGGCUUGAUGUACAUACACGAGUUCAGUGGACGCAAAUAUAUCCAUGGCAACCUAAAAUCAACAAAGAUCUUACUUGAUGAUGAUUUCAGUCCUUAUGUGUCAGGUUUUGGAAUAACUCGUCUUUGUUUGGGUACCUCAAGGUCUACCACAUUGGCACCAAAACGGCACAGUUCAAACCAAUCUAAUGUAACCUCUGCAAAGGGUUUAAAGGUUGAAGCUUUCUCUAACUGCUACUUGGCACCUGAGGUGCGCAUGGGUGGUGGCAAGUUAACUCAGAAAUGUGAUGUGUAUUCUUUUGGUGUUGUGCUUUUAGAACUUUUGACGGGUAGGGUACCUGAUUUUGGAACAGAAAAUGAUGAUAAGGUGUUAGAGAGUUUUGUGAGGAAAGCAUUCAAGGAGGAACAGCCCUUGUCUGAUAUUAUAGACCCUGCACUUCUGCCUGAGGUUUAUGCUAAAAAACAAGUUAUUGCUGCUUUUCAUGUUGCUCUUAACUGCACUGAACUUGAUCCGGAAUUGCGACCUAGAAUGAAAACCGUGUCCGAGAGCCUCGAUCACAUCAAAACACAGUGA